GUGUUGCUGUUCGUGAACACGGCGUCGGCCUGCGCCGAGGUCGUCGAGCUCGUGAAGCGCCACUACAAGGCCAACACGGUGGCCCUGCUCCACGGGAAGCUGCCGCAGCGCGACCGCGACGCGGCGCUGUUGAACUUCCGCGCGGGCAAGACGAACGUGCUCGUGGCGACGGACGUCGCGAGCCGCGGCCUGCACGUGUCGCGGCUGAACGUCGUCGUGAACUGGGACUUCCCGACGAACCUGGAGGCCUACACGCACCGCGUGGGCCGCGCGGGCCGCGACGGCGAGCCCGCGACGGCGCUCUCGUUCUUCACGCGGAACCUCAUCCCCCUGGCGCCCGCGCUCGUGGCGCUGCUCACGGACGCGGGCCAGGCCGUGGACCCGCAGCUCGCC